ACAUUCAUAUUGCAAUCGCAAUAAUCGAAGCUUUUGAUUUGAUUUGAUUUCCACAAGAAGAAGAAGAUGAAGAGAGUUUUUGGCGUCAAGAAAGACAAAGAACCUCCUCCCUCCGUUAACGACGCCUCCGAUAGGAUUAAUAAAAGAGGAGAAAAUGUGGAUCAAAAGAUCAGGACUUUAGAUGCGGAAUUGAGUAGAUACAAGGAACAGAUUAAGAAAACACGCCCUGGUCCUACUCAAGAGGCGGUUAAAGCUCGAGCUAUGCGGGUUCUUAAGCAAAAACGAAUGUAUGAACAGCAACGUGACAUGCUCUACAACCAGACCUUCAACCUUGAUCAAGUUGCAUUUGCUUCUGAGGGUAUUAAAGAUGCUCAGCAAACUAUGUCAGCUUUGAAAAGUGCCAACAAGGAAUUGAAAGGAAUGAUGAAAACCGUGAAGAUUCAAGACAUAGAUAACUUGCAAGAUGAGAUGAUGGACUUGAUGGAUGUGAGUAGCGAAAUUCAAGAGACCCUUGGUAGAAGCUAUAAUGUGCCAGAUGAUAUUGAUGAGGAAGAACUCAUGGGUGAACUUGAUGCUUUAGAAGCAGACAUGGGAAUGGAAGAUGAAGCUGGAGUGCCCUCUUAUCUCCAACCCGAGAAGGAACAUGAUUUGGAUGCUGAGCUGAACUUGCCUUCAGCACCUUCUGGACAUGCUGCACCUGGCAGAUCCAAUGCACAUGCUGAAGAUGAACUGGGUUUACCUGCUGUCCCUCGGGCUUCCAUCCGUGAUUAGGGUUUUACUUCUAUCUUUCUGCACAUAUUCACGUUGGGCAACUUGUUGGAGUGGUCAUUGUAAACAGAUUAUGCAAUUGCGACUAGAUGGUUGACAUUCUUCCAUUAAUAGUUGGAUUUUAUAAGCACCACUGCAUACUUUGUAAAGAAAAACGUGUUCAAAAAAGCAAAAAAAAAAUCGAAUCGAUUAAACUGUAUGUUAAUGGGAGGCCAGGCUUGCUGCACAAUCUUUAUUUUUAGUCA